AUGUCCGGACUCAGCUCAUCCAACCCUGUUCCCUCUGAGCUCAGCAUCAGCGGCGAUACGGAAAUGGGGAACAGUGGCCAAGGUUCUCAUCGACGCGUUAACGGUGCUACACCCACUGCCAGUGGCGAAGCCGAGGAAGAAGGCGAUCGACAAGCCGCACCAUCCAGGCGUAGACCGAGAGCUCCGAGGAACUUGGAAGAAAUCCCUCGGGUUAAUGACGACACCGGAGAACGGGUGAGGGAAAAAUUUGAAGAAUUCCUUGAGAACUUCGUUGAUCAAACAGAUGGAAAUGAUAUAUCAUCACCUUCACCCUCAGGUCCUCGACGAUUAUACGUCGAGCUAAUCAAAGCCUUGAAAGAAUUCGAACUCACAACGCUAUAUCUUAAUUUCUCGCAUCUACUCUCCACGGAAACAGUCCUCGCCAAAGCCAUCUCAGAGCAGUAUUACCGAUUUUUACCUUACCUCAAGCAAGCUCUACAGUCUCUCGUCAAGAAAUAUAUCCCUUCCUACCAGCACAUCAACACCCACACCAACUCAACAGUCUCUUCUGGCUUGAUUAGUCGCCAAUUCAAUCUUGCAAUCUACAACCUACCCCACAUCAUGGGCAUCAGAGACCUCAGGACAGAAAAAAUCGGCAAACUCAUCUCAGUCGGUGGCACAGUUACCAGGACUAGUGAAGUAAGACCCGAGUUAAUCUUUGGCACCUUUAUUUGCGAGGAAUGUAAAAACAUUGUGAGAGAUGUUGAGCAACAGUUCAAAUAUACUGAGCCAAACACCUGCCCUCACCCCACCUGUAACAACCGUACCGAAUGGAAAUUAUCGAUCGAGCAAUCCACUUUUACCGAUUGGCAACGUGUCAGGAUUCAAGAAAACUCAAACGAAAUUCCAACUGGUUCGAUGCCUCGAUCACUAGACGUGAUCCUCCGAGCAGAAGUUGUUGAGAAAGCGAAGGCCGGAGACAAAUGCAUAUUCACCGGCACGUUUAUCGUGGUACCCGAUGUAGCUCAGCUCGGAUUACCUGGGGUCAAUGCAGAGAUGAUCAAAACAACUGGCGGUGGCCGGCCCGGUGGGAUGAGAGGCGUAGGUGCCGAAAGUAUGGGUGUCAGCGGAUUGAAAAUGUUGGGGGCUAGGGACUUAACCUAUAAGACUGCGUUCUUGGCCUGCAUGGUUCAAGCUGCCGACUCCCGAUCCAACGCCACCAAUGUUAGGUGGGACCCGGACGUCGGUAAUGAUCAAUUGGGCACUCGGAAAGAUUUCUUGGAUUCACUAAAUGAUCAAGAAGUCCAAGAACUCCGUGAAAUGGUUCACUCCGACCGAAUUUACAACCGACUGGUUCAAUCUAUUGCUCCCACAGUCUACGGACACGAAAUCGUCAAAAAGGGCCUACUAUUGCAGUUGAUGGGUGGAGUUCAUAAAACGACCCACGAGGGUAUCAAUCUACGAGGAGAUAUCAACUUAUGCAUUGUCGGCGAUCCAUCUACGUCCAAAUCGCAAUUCUUGAAAUACAUCUGCGGUUUUCUGCCCCGAUCAGUUUAUACAAGUGGGAAAGCGUCUUCAGCGGCUGGUCUGACGGCUGCAGUGGUUAAGGAUGAAGAAACCGGGGAGUUCACGAUCGAAGCGGGCGCUCUGAUGUUAGCGGAUAACGGGAUCUGUGCAAUUGAUGAGUUCGACAAGAUGGAUCUUUCUGAUCAAGUAGCUAUCCACGAAGCGAUGGAGCAGCAAACGAUCUCCAUCGCUAAAGCUGGAAUCCAGGCUACCCUGAAUGCUCGUACAUCCAUUCUGGCAGCUGCCAAUCCGGUCGGUGGCCGAUACAACAAAAAAAUGUCUUUAAGAGCAAACGUGGCUAUGAGCGGGCCAAUCAUGAGUCGAUUUGACUUGUUUUUCGUGGUCUUGGACGAGUGUAACGAGGAUGUCGACUUUGCCAUCGCUAGCCAUAUCGUGAAUGUUCACCGACUCCGAGAGGUAGCCAUCAAGCCGGAGUUUUCAACUGAUGCUUUGCAGAGGUACAUCCGAUAUGGCCGCACUUUCAACCCAAAGAUGUCACCUGAAGCAGCCACCGUUCUGGUACAAAAGUACCGAGACUUGAGGCAAGACGAUUCGGAAGGCUGGGGAAGAAAUUCUUAUCGGAUCACAGUCCGACAAUUGGAGAGUAUGAUUCGGCUUAGUGAAGCCAUCGCUCGAGCUCAUUGCAUGGAAGAGAUUACACCUACGUAUGUGCGCGAAGCAUUCAACUUGCUGAAACAAUCUAUCAUUCAUGUCGAAAAGGACGACAUUGGAUUUGAUGAAGAAGACGAAGCCGAAGCUGAAGCUGAAACCCUUCCAACAAAUCCAACAGAAGCUCCGAUGGACGUGGACACAACCGAUGCCCCGACUACAGACACCGCAGGGCCUUCUUCUACGCCUACCCAAAAACCUAAACCGGCGCAAGUCAAGAAACCUCAGAUCAAGAUCACAUACGAGAAAUACAUGGGCAUUAUGACCCUCGUGCUUGGUAAACUACAAACCGUUGAACGGGAGACCGGAAAUGGGAUGAAAAAAACAGAAUUGGUUCAGUGGUAUUUGGAAGAGAUGGAACCGGAUUUGAAUUCAGUAGAGGAGCUCGAAAUGGAGAAAGCUCUGAUUGGUAAAGUCUUAAUCAGGCUCGCCAAGGAAAAAUGUAUCAUGGAAUUGCGAGGUGAAGGAUUACAACAAGAGAGUGAAGAAGGGGAAUCUUCGAGCAACGCGCGAGAUCCGAUCCUGCUGGUCCAUCCCGAAUGCAAUAUAGGAGACUCAUGA